AUGAAGGCUGUCAUUAUUCUGGGGCUUGUCCUCCUUUCUGUCACGGUCCAGGGCAAGAUCUUUGAAAGGUGUGAGUUGGCCAGAACUCUGAAAAGAUUGGGACUGGAUGGCUACAGGGGAAUCAGCCUAGCAAACUGGGUGUGUUUGGCCAAAUGGGAGAGUAAUUAUAACACACAAGCUACAAACUACAAUCCUGGAGACCAAAGCACUGAUUAUGGGAUAUUUCAGAUCAAUAGCCACUACUGGUGUAAUAACGGCAAAACCCCAGGAGCAGUUAAUGCCUGUCAUAUAUCCUGCAAUGCUUUGCUGCAAGAUAACAUCGCUGAUGCUGUAACUUGUGCAAAGAGGGUUGUCAGUGAUCCACAAGGCAUUAGAGCAUGGGUGGCAUGGAGAAAUCACUGUCAAAACAGAGAUGUCAGUCAGUAUGUUCAAGGUUGUGGAGUGUAAUUGCAGAAUUUUCCUUCUUCAGCUCAUUUCGUCUAUUUCUCACAUUAAGGGAGUAGUAAUUAAGUGAAAGAUCACACUACCAUUAUUUCCCCUUCAAAGAAAUAAUAUUUUUACAGAAGCAGGAGCAAAAUAUGGCCUUUCUUCUAAGAGACGUA